AUGAUGCAGAAUUUCAACCGAAGCAGACAUUGCAUAUUAUCUCGCCUCGCCUCGCUAACCAAGUCACAUGUCCGCUUCCAGAGAUUGAUUCACACUGUGGUAGAAGGGACAUUGCCUGCUGAACCCUACGCUGAUGUGAAUUCCGGUUCCAUGGUUCCACAGAAGAUAACAGUGGACAUGUCAAAGUGGAAAAAGGUUCAGGCGAAGCUUUAUGGUAUAACACCUUACCAAAUUCCGGAUUCGCCGUGGACAGUCUUGAAAAUCCUGAGAUAUGAAGGAUUUGAGGCCUACCUUGUGGGUGGAUGUGUUAGGGAUUUAAUUUUAAAUAGAGUGCCUAAAGAUUAUGAUGUGAUCACCACUGCGAACCUUUCACAGAUUGAAAAACAGUUUAGAAAUUGCAACAUCGUUGGACGAAGAUUCCCCAUAUGCAGGGUCUCUAUGAAAGGUUCCGUAGUUGAGGUAUCAAGCUUUGACACAGUGGCAAAAGAUACUGAAGAAAAGGCUAUUCCUUAUGAAAUGCCGAGUGGCUGCAAUAAAAAAGAUUUCAUACUCUGGAGAAAUAGCAUUAAUCGCGACUUCACAAUUAAUAGUUUGUUCUUUGAUCCUUUCAAGAAUGUUAUAUAUGAUUAUGCAAAUGGGAUGGAAGAUUUGAGGGCGCUGAACUUACAGACUAUAAUCCCUGCUCGACUGUCAUUCCAAGAGGAUUGCGCAAGAAUAUUACGUGGCUUACGCAUUGCCGGUCGCCUCGGCCUAUCACUAUCACCAGAUACUGAAACCGCAGUACAUCAACUCUCAACUUCAAUUGCAAGUUUGGACAAGUUCAGGUUAAUGUUGGAAUUCAACUACAUGCUUGCCUAUGGAGCCUCGGAGCCUACUAUCAGUUUGCUACAGAGAUUCAACCUUCUUGGAUUAUUUUUUCCAUUCCAUGCAGCCUACCUACAUCAGCAUUGUACUGAGAAUUCUCCUAUGCAUUCCAUGAUACUAAUGAAAUUAUUAUUCAAUUUGGAUAAUUUGGUUAGCUGUGAUCAGCCUUGCAGCUGCAGUCUUUGGCUUGGAGUAUUUGCGGUUCACCAAGCAUUAGUUAUUAAGCCUCAAGAUUUAUCAGUAAUCUUGCUUUUUGCUUCUGUGCUGCAUCACGGGGGUUGGGACAAAGGUCUUAAUUUUGUGAGGGAACAUUCAAACCUUCAGGUUAAUUUUGCACCUGAGAUAUCACGAUUCUCUGAAUCUAAGUCAGAUGAUCAACUUGUGGAGGGCGUAACUCGGUUUGCGUGUCUAGUUCAAGAAUGUGUUAGAUCGUUCUUUGACAGAGACAAACUUUAUGAGUUCAUGUCCAGAUACCCAGCCACCCCACAGUCUAAUAUGGUAUUUGUAUCAAAGAAAGCAGGGAUGGAGGUCGCUAAUCUUUUUGAUGCCUUAGUCAAAGGGAACGAAUUCCACCAGCACAAACAUGGAAGAAAGAGGAACGGUUUGAUAAUAGAUUACAGGAAACUAGGUAAAGGUGAUGUGCAAGAAACUAGAUUUGCUUUGGGGAAAAUUAUUUUGGAAACUUUGAGUUGUGGACAUGCUGAUGGAAGAACAAACAUGGAGGAUGAGGAGGCAGUGAUCCCAGUGGAGGGAGAACUUGGUCAAACACUUCCUGAUUUAUCGAAGCAUCGGACUGUGGCCAAUGAGAAAAGAAAGCGAGUCAUAUCAUUUGUUGACGACUGGAUAUCAAAGCAGGAUUCGAGCAAGAAGCUAAAACUGGUGGAUGAGUCUCUGGAGCAGGAGGGAGUCCUAAAGAAGUUGAAAGAUCAUGUAAUAGUCGAAGAGGGAUAUCGAGAUGAAGCUGGCAAGCGUGUGAAGAAGGUGAAGGACAGAAGAAAAGUUGAGAAAAUGAAGAUGGAACGUAAGAGGGAUGCCCAUAUAGUUUUACAGGAUAUGGUGUCAGAGAGGAUCGAGAGGAGAAGUCGCAAAAGCAAACAGGCAUCAUCUGUUGAGGAAACAGGGAGAAUGUAUCGACUCUCGUCUCUAUUCAGGUGA